CACGAACGUCGCCGUUGCCGUAUAAAAUGGAACCCUCAUAUGAUCACGAACAUCCACAUCAUCUGCUAACAAAUUACAAUUCCAAGAAGUACCCGCACGUGUCGCGCACUCCGGAGUACAGCCACUCCACGGGCAGCGAUUACCCGGAGCACGGUGGCUACCUGGCGGACGGUCGGCUGAUGCACGAGACCAACAGCGAUGCCGGGAUCUACCACGUGCGCCAGGGCAGCGAGCACUCCUCGCCCAGCCUCCAUUCGCCAGCCAUCCAGAGUUCCGGGUACGAGAACGAGCACUCCCUCAACGAGGCGGUCCUGGCGGCGCACAGCCACAGCCACUCGCCCAUGCCGAUGGUGUCCAGUGCCUACGUGGGCGGAGGCACUGCCUCCGGAUCCCUGAUCAGUAGCAACAUCCCGCUGCUGGGCGGCGGUGGCAACUCGGUGCUCAACAAAUUCCUCUCGCAUCCCCACGCGGGAAUGGUGAGCGCGGGAUCCGGAGGAGGAGGUCCCCUGGAGGACUGCACGUCGCACUCGCCCAUCGAACCGGCGUCCAUGUGGAGCUACGACUACAAGGGCGAGCUGUGCGCCCCCAACUGUGGCUAUCUGGAGCGGCACAAGCCGCUGCCCGCCGACCUCAAGUACCGGCCCGGCGGAACCCAGUCAAAAAGUGCCAAAGAAUCGCGCAUCCGCCGCCCGAUGAACGCCUUCAUGGUCUGGGCCAAGAUCGAGCGCAAGAAGCUGGCCGACGAGAACCCCGACCUGCAUAACGCCGACCUUAGCAAGAUGCUGGGAAAAAAAUGGCGAUCGCUGACGCCGCAAGACCGCAGGCCCUACGUGGAGGAGGCGGAGCGUCUGCGGGUGAUCCACAUGACGGAGCACCCAAACUACAAGUACAGGCCGCGGCGGCGCAAGCAGUCCAAGCUGUGGGCCAUGCAGCCGGGUGGCAAGGAACAGAGCGAGAGCUCCCCCAACGCGGCCAGUGGCGGCACCAAAUCGAAUCCAAAGCUGGCCACGCCCCCGCUGGCCACCACCGCGUCCUCCAGCUACACCUCGCCCACCGACGAGAGCACCUGCAACUCCACGAACCAGAACCACGGCCAGGCGACUCCGGGCGGAAUCUACGAGCAGCCGCUGAAGCCCACGUACUCGCCCAGUUCCGUGGAUUGCUACAGCAAUGCGGACAGCACGGAGCAGAUCGAGUCCCUGACCGCCAACUGUCCGCCCGUCCUGCUGGGGGAGUCCUCGCCCACGGGCGGGGGAUACGACAGCUCCUUGCUGCUCAAGAAGCUAUCGAAACCGCCGCCCAGUCGAGCCACCAAGUCCCGCCAGGAAAAGCUCUCCAAGUCGGAGGAGAAGGGCAAGGGGCAGUCGCAGGGACAAUCGCAGCAGGGUCUGUAUGCCGCCUCGUAUCCUCUGGCACCCACAUCCGUGGCCGUGGUGGCAGCCCGGGGAAUGUACGUGACCUGCAACAAUCGGGGAUUGCUGGAUCAUGGCCACUCGGUGAAGGGCACCUUCUACCCCCCGGUUUCCGUUUCCGAGGAGGACAGCACCUCCUCCAUGCGAAACAGCAUAAGUGUGCUGCAGCAGCACUGCAAUCUGGCCAGCAGCACGCCCUCCAGUUCCGCAGGACCACUGCCCUCCAGCGAGAUGAGCAGCUACACCGUUUCCAUGGCGGACAACUGCGGCAACCUGCGGCUCAGCAUGAACGAGCUGGCCGCCAAUGAGUAUCUGCCCAGCACGAAUGCCUAUGGGAUGCAGUACGAGGACUUCCUGCGCUACCAGAGCAACGAGAUGGACUACUCCACGUCGGCGGUGGAGCACAAGGAACCCGCUCCGGAGGCGGCCAAGUGCCUGAAGUACCCGGACACGAACCAGAACUACGACGACUAUGAGGCGGAGGCCUACAGCAACGCCAUGCUGCCGGCGACAGCGGCCAGCUACUACACGCAGCUCCCGUAUCCGCCCACCUUUCCGCUCCAGCUGGCGGUGCCGGCGUUCCAACAGACCACAUCCGGUGCGUAUGGAGCCCAGCCCAUGCAGAGUGGCUACCUGCACUAUGGCAACUACGGCGGCUACGAGGGAAUGACCCAAGGUCAGCCGCAGAAUCAGGCGCCAGUGCAGCAGCAGCAGCAGGCUUCCCACUCGGCUCCGCCCUCCCUGUCAGCUCCUCCUCCCAACCAGACGGCGACCUCGAAUCCAACGGUUCUGCAGCAGCACCACCACCACUUCGGACCCGCACCCGGAAUGGUGGGCGUGGGCGUGGGCGUCGGAGUGGGCGUGGGCGAGAUGCUAUUCGAGCAGCAGCAGCGCAAGGACGAUGAGAUUAGCAACAUUCUGGCGGGAGUGCGCAAGACCUGCUACAGCAACUGAUCCGAUCGAUCGAUCGAUCGGACGAUUGUAAUUUUGACCCAUAAAGUUUAGCGAGUGGUUUAGGUAGUCUUAAGAUUGCUCCCCGCCCCCCCGAAAAACAAUGUUCUUCCAACCCUUCGUGAACCUAGAACUAGAACACUUUGAAUUGUACAAUUAUCAGACGAGAGAGGAGAUCGAAACGAAAUAAAGUAAAUCAUAAGUAAUCGAAUCGCAUAA